AAAGCCCCACAUAUAAAUAGGGGAAGAGGAAACUCGGGCGGGUUACUCUGCCUUCUUCUCUUCUUCUGAUUUUGAUGGCUUCCUUCACUCUUCUCUCUUCUUUUUCUUCUGCUAAAAAAAAUACUCUCAUCUCUUCCUUUUCUUCUUCCUCCUCUCUCUAUCGCACAAGCCUUGCUCUCAAACGAACCCGGCCUCCCAACUCCGUCAUUAAUUGUGAAAUCAAUGAACCAGUGAAUGAGAAGCCUACUGUGCCAAUCAUUAAUGAUGUGAUACUUCCAACGUUCUUGCAAGCCAAAUGCUUAGAGAAUGCAGUUAACAGAGAUAAUACCAAGCUGAAUCCCAAACUGAAGUUAUUUUCUGGAACUGCGAAUCCUUCACUUUCUGAGGAAAUUGCUUGGAACAUGGGGCAUGAACUGGAGAAGAUCACCAUCAAGCGCUUUGCUGAUGGUGAAAUUUAUAUCCAGUUGCAAGAAAGUGUUCGAGGAUGUGAUGUUUUCUUGAUUCAGCCCACUUGCCCUCCAGCCAAUGAAAACCUUAUGGAGCUUUUGGUGAUGAUAGAUGCAUGCCGAAGGGCUUCAGCCAAAAAUAUCACUGCUGUGAUUCCAUAUUUUGGAUAUGCCAGAGCUGAUAGGAAGACACAAAAUCGUCAAUCCAUUGCUGCCAAAUUGGUCGGGAACGUUAUAACAGAAGCAGGUGCAGAUCGUGUUAUAGCUUGUGAUCUUCACUCUGGGCAAUCCAUGGGUUAUUUUGACAUUCCAGUGGACCAUUUACAAUGUCAGCCUGUUAUCACGGAUUACCUUGCUAGCAAGAAGAUUAGUUCCAAUGAUCUGGUGGUGGUCUCUCCUGAUGUCGGGGGAGUUGCUAGAGCACGUGCUUUUGCAAAAAAAUUGGAUGCACCUUUAGCCAUUGUCGACAAAAGACGCCAGGAGCACAAUCUUGCUGAGGUUAUGAACCUGAUUGGUGAUGUUAAAGGAAAGGUUGCUGUCAUGGUUGAUGACAUGAUUGACACAGCAGGGACUAUUUGCAAAGGUGCAGAACUUUUGCACGAGGAGGGAGCACGGGAAAUCUAUGCAUGCUGUACACAUGGUGUUUUUAGCCCCCCUGCAAUUGAAUUGUUGUCAAGUGGCUUAUUUGAAGAGGUUAUCACGACAAACACAAUUCCUGUGAUGGACAGACACUACUUCCCCCAGCUGACUGUUCUCUCAGUUGCAAACCUUCUUGGUGAAACAAUUUGGCGUGUACAUGGUGAUCGUUCCGUAAGCAGCAUUUUUCAGUAGCCAGGAAUAUAAGUUAUAGAGUUUUUCCAGCCUUGUUUUCCUAUGUAUGUAGAGCCAAAUAGAAACUAUUUAUAUUUUCAGAAUUAGAAGGGUUAAGGUAGAUAUGCAAAAAAAAUUGGAUCACAUAGGCAAAUGCUGGAAGAAUGAUGUUAAUAGUAUGUGCAAUCAAUACAUUU